CACCGAUCUGGGAAGGCAUUGUCUUGUUGUACUUUCCCUUCCGGCAGUGGCCUCGAUUCGCAUCUCCUUUUCCCGUCCAUGCGCGCGCCGGCGGGCGGUGCCAGUGCCACCGCGCUCGCGGCGGCCAUGAACAUUAAGCAGCCGCUGCACGGCGCAUCGACGCUGUUCGCGCUGCUCUCCCUCUCGCUGCUCCUCCUCCGCCUGCUCCUCCGGCUCCGCCUGGCCGCCUUCCGCGACGCGGCGCUGUCGCUCCACCUGCUGGCGCGCCUCCGCCUCCGCCCCGUCCUCCUCUGCCUCCCGUCAGCCUGCCACGACGGCGGCGCCGGCGCCGGCGCCACCACGCUGCGCGUCUGGUGCCCCGCCGCCCCAUCCUCCAAGCCGCCGCUGCUCCUCCUCCACGGCUUCGGCGGGGACGCCAAGUGGACGUGGGCGCGCAACCUCCCGCGCCUGUCCCGCCACUUCCACGUGUACGUGCCGGACCUCGUGUUCUUCGGCGCGCAGUCCCGGUCCGCGUCGCCGCUGCGCUCCGUGGCGUUCCAGGCCCGCUGCGCCGCCGAGGCCAUGCGCCUCCUCGGCGUGCCCCGCUACGACGUCGCGGGGAUCAGCUACGGCGGCUUCGUCGCCUACCGGAUGGCCGCCGCCGAGGCCAGGGACGCCGUGGGCAGGCUCGUCAUCAUGACCACCGGCGUCGCGGCCACGCCCGGGGAGAUGCGGGCGAUGGCGGCGCGCGAGGACCGCACCGUCGAGGAUGCGCUGCUGCCGGACACCGCCGAGGGGCUGCGCUUCCUCGUAAGACGCUCCAUGCAUCGCCCCCCGCCUUGGAUGCCGGACUUCGUGCUUGACGACUUCAUCCAGCUCAUGUACGUGGACCAGAAAAGGGAAAGGGCAGAGUUGCUGCACGAACUGCUCAAGACCGGAGCUGGCUUCGACCCCCUCCCGGUUCUUACCCAGGAAACACUGAUCAUCUGGGGCGACAAAGACCAGGUGUUCCCCGUCGACCUCGGCCACAGGCUGCACAGGCUUCUGGGCGAGAGGUCCAGGCUAGAGAUCGUCAGGGACGCAGGGCACGCGCUGCAGCUGGAGGGCGCCGACCACGUCAACCGCUCCAUCAAGUCGUUCCUCCUGGACGAGCGGGUCGGCCCGGGAGCCGGCGCGGGCCGCAAGUAGGACGAGGCCUUCUCCCGUCCAGGCCCACAACCAAACGGAGGCCUGCUCGCAGGUGCCUGCGUACUUGCGUUGCAGAGCUGCAACAGUGCGAACGCCAGCUGUAGUUAAGCAGCGGAGCGGCAAUGACCUGCACGCACGCAGACGCCCCCACCGCCCCGCAAUCAUGCAGCGCUGGGGCUACUGGUUACAAAAGUACAGAGAAGCGUCGCUCCGGACUAGUUUGUUUUGUACAAUAAUGUCUGAAAGAACGAGCUUGUGCGGCCGAAAUUCGGAGAGCUGUCUUUAUCUGGUGCGCACAGUCUGUCUCUUUGUUUCUUCAUGCUCAGCCUCAUGAGAUAACGAUAUAUUUAUGACAGCUCCAACAAUAAUUUGUAAGCUAAAUUCAAGCAUUUUAUUUUAUAUUUCAAUAAAGAAAGGGAGAAAAGCUACCUCCUGAUC